UCGUCGCGCUCCCCACCGGUAGCACGUCCGCCUCUUCAUCCAUCCAUCUAUCCAUCCGCGUCCCCGGGAUCACCGAGCUCUCCAGUAGGUCUAGAAGAUACCACACGUACGUCCGGCGGCUUCCGUCAGAGAAGCUAGCUAGCGCUUCGUCUCCGACCCGGCCGUAUAGACGACGACACACAGCGGGGCCCGGCCGGCCGGUCUCUCUCGGCGUAGGCGGCGACCAUGGACGACGACGACGCCGCCUCCUCGUCACCGGCGGCUUCGUACGUCAGACUGGUAAUAAGUGCAUGCGCGGCAGCGCGGGCGGACCUACGAUCUGCCGCCGCCGCGCUCGUUGAGAUACAUACGAGUAUACGACCCGAUGGCCUUGUGUUGGACUGGAAAAUGCAAAUGCAUGCAUGCAUGGUGAAUGAUGGAUGCAAGGGGUUUGAUGUCCAGGUGCAGCAUCUGAUCGAGAAGUGCAUCUGCUACAAGCUGAACAAGGAGGAGUGCAUGGAGACGUUGGAGAAGCACGCCAAAGUGAUGCCCGUCAUCACAUCCACAGCAGUGUGGAAGGAGCUGGAGAAGGAGAACAGGGAGUUCUUCGAGACGUACAAGAAGUAUCUGGGACAAGAGUCGGCGCUGCAGAAGAAUCCAUCCGAUGGACAGGAACAGCCUUCGUCUGCUUCCAAGAGCUCAGACGACGACGACGAUUAGACAGAUCUGUCGCGCUCGCUCACAUGCAUGGCCUUGCAGGUACAUAUAUAUCGAGAGCGUCGCCAGUGUAAUUAUGUGUGUUAUAAGUACGCAGGCAGGGGAGCUAGCCUGCAUGGUCAUGUGUAUCAUGAGUAGAUAUAUAGAUUAUUGAUUAAAUCU